UUCUUCUACUGCAUCUUCAGGUGUUUUCGGAUUUGGAAAAGAAAGUUGUCCACUUUCACAAUUUCAGUGUUUUGUCACUUUCUUUAUUCCAAAAUGGAGAUCUUCGUUUCGGUGACCACUUGUUGUUGUUGGCCAUGUCAUUUCCCACGUUUUAUCCAGAAGCUGUGCCCUCCUCCAUAGAUUGUGUUUGUUAGUAAUCAAAAAAUUUCAAAUCCCACUAAGAAAAGUUUGUUCCUUUCUCAAAUCUCCAACUAUUUAUAUUCACUUUUUUAUUGAACAAGCCUCUCUAACUUUCUCUUCUUCUUCUUCUUUUCUCCCUUUCUUGUCAUUUUCUUUUAUCUUGCUUGUUCCUCAUGUCUUAAUCUAUAACUCUAUAUCCCUUUUCAGCCAUUAUUAUUCUUAGCUUUUAUUUUUCAACGCCCUCAUGAUAUAUCUUUCUUUUUAUUUGUUUAUUUAAAGCAUUAUUUAGUUUUGGGGUUUGGCAUCAUCUCUGCCUCUAACUCAUCUCCACCGUCUUAACCUCUCGUGACACUUUUUCAGUUCCCUUUCUCACUGUUCAAACUGAAAACCUACUUGCUUUGCUUCUGUCCCUGUGAAAACUUGUUUGGCGUUUAGCUCAAGUUCACAUUUUUGUUGAUCAGUAUUAAAGAACCAAGCAAUGAAUUGUGUUCUGUUGGGCUUUAUUGUUCUUGGUGCUUUUCUUGGUUUACUUUCAGAGGGAGCUUCUACGUCUAGGCCUCGUGUUAUUAAAGUAGGUGCUAUAUUCGGUUUAAACACCAUGUACGGCCAUACUGCAAGUCUUGCUUUCAAAGCUGCUGAGGAAGAUGUCAACUCUGAUCCUAGCUUCCUCGGUGGAUCAAAGCUCCGUAUUAUGAUCAGUGAUGCUCAACGCAGUGGUUUCCUUAGCAUCAUGGGAGCAUUGCAGUUCAUGGAGACUGAUGUAGUGGCUAUAAUUGGUCCACAGACAUCAAUCAUGGCUCAUGUCCUGUCUCAUCUUGCUAACGAGCUUACUGUUCCUAUGUUGUCAUUCACGGCUCUUGACCCUACCCUCUCUCCACUCCAGUUCCCUUUCUUUGUCCAAACAGCACCUAACGAUCUCUUCCUGAUGCGCGCCAUUGCAGAGAUGAUCACAUACUACGGCUGGUCGGAUGUAGUGGCGUUAUAUAACGAUGAUGACAACAGCAGAAACGGUGUUACCGCGUUAGGCGAUGAGCUUGAAGAGAGGCGUUGUAAGAUUUCUUACAAGGCGGUGCUUCCACUGGACGUUGUGAUUACUAGUCCAGCUGAGAUCAUAGAGGAGCUGACUAAGAUCCGAGGAAUGGAGUCUCGGAUCAUCGUUGUGAACACUUUCCCAAAUACAGGCAAAAUGAUCUUCGAGGAAGCAAAGAAACUUGGGAUGAUGGAGAAAGGCUAUGUUUGGAUAGCUACAACUUGGCUGUCUUCUCUAGUAGACUCAGAUUUCCCUCUGGAUCUUAAAUCUCUCAAUGGAGUUCUGACACUACGUCUUCACACUCCUGAUUCAAGAAAGAAAAGAGACUUUGCGGCACGGUGGAAGAAGAACAAGACUAUUGGGUUGAAUGUCUAUGGUUUGUAUGCUUAUGAUACUGUCUGGAUCAUUGCACAAGCUGUGAAGUCAUUUCUGGAAGCUGGAGGUAAUCUAACCUUCUCUCAUGAUGCAAAGUUAAGCAACCUUAAAGGCGAAGCGUUGAAUCUAAGUGCGUUGAGCAGAUUUGAUGAAGGACCACAGCUUCUUGAUUACAUUAUGCGUACAAAGAUGUCUGGUCUAACAGGUCCGGUUCAGUUUCAUCGAGACAGAUCAAUGGUACAGCCUUCAUAUGAUAUUAUCAACGUGGUCGAUGGCCGUUUUCGCCAAAUAGGUUACUGGUCUAACCAUUCUGGUCUUUCUGUUGUGCCUCCUGAAUCGUUUUAUAACAAACCUUCUAACCGUUCUAGCUCAAACCAGCAUCUGAACUCUGUAACUUGGCCUGGAGGGACAUCGGUUACGCCUCGUGGAUGGGUUUUUCCUAACAACGGGAAGCUGUUGAGGAUCGGUGUUCCGAAUAGAGCAAGCUUCAAGGACUUUGUGUCGAGGGUCAACGGAAGCAGCAGCCACAAAGUGCAAGGGUAUUGCAUCGAUGUGUUUGAAGCUGCGGUGAAACUGCUUUCAUAUCCGGUUCCUCACGAGUUCAUCUUCUUCGGAGACGGUCUCCAGAAUCCAAACUACAAUGAUCUUGUCAACAAGGUCGCCAAUGGGGUUGACUUCGAUGCUGCUGUAGGAGAUAUAGCCAUUGUCACAAAACGAACAAGGAUUGUGGAUUAUACUCAGCCUUACAUUGAGUCAGGCCUUGUUGUGGUUGCUCCUGUGACAGCGCUUAACGAAAAUCCUUGGGCCUUCUUACGCCCUUUCACUCCUCCUAUGUGGGCUGUAACAGCUUCUUUUUUCAUGGUCGUUGGAGCUGUGAUAUGGAUUCUUGAACACCGGACAAACGAUGAGUUUCGAGGUCCUCCAAGGAGACAAAUCAUUACCAUUCUCUGGUUCACAUUCUCGACCAUGUUUUUCUCUCACAUGCAACAGCUAAAUUCACCUAUAAAAGGAGUAGAUACACUCAUCAGCAGCAGUGGUCGUAUUGGCUUCCAGGUUGGUUCAUUUGCUGAAAACUACAUGAUUGAUGAGCUCAACAUCGCCAGAUCAAGACUUGUGGCUCUCGGCUCCCCUCAAGAGUACGCUAUUGCGCUUCAGAAUGGUACUGUUGCUGCAAUAGUUGAUGAACGUCCUUAUGUUGAUCUCUUUCUCUCAGACUACUGUAAGUUUGCCAUCAGAGGUCAAGAGUUCACCAGAUGCGGUUGGGGAUUUGCAUUCCCAAGAGACUCUCCUUUAGCAGUGGACAUGUCAACAGCAAUUCUUGGUCUAUCUGAAACUGGGGAGCUUCAGAGGAUCCAUGACAGAUGGCUUUCCAAAUCUAACUGCAGCAGCCCGCACGGGUCUCAGUCAGGUGACUCAGAACAGCUCAACGUGCACAGCUUCUGGGGGAUGUUCCUUGUCUGUGGUAUCGCUUGUCUUGUAGCUCUCUUUAUCCACUUUGUCAAGGUAGUCCGCAACUUCAUCAAACACAAGCCAGAAGAAGAAGAAAAGGAUAUACCUUCACCAGAGAGUUCUCGUUUGAAAAAGCUGCAGACUUUUCUAGCUUAUAUUGACGAAAAGGAAGAGGAAUCCAAGAGAAGGUUUAAGCGCAAACGAAGCAGUCUUUCUAUGAAUGCAAAUAGUAGUAUCUCAUCUAGACAAAUAUGAAAUAAACAUAAGGUGUUCUUUGUUCAUCUGUACAUUUUAAUCACACCUCAUUUGUAAGCAAAAUUGGAUUUUGUCAUAGAUGCAGAUUUGGAUAAAGAAUAAUACAUUUACCAAUCA